AUGCAGUUCUCGCCGCUCCUCCUCGUCGCCGCCAUGGCACCCGCCAUCACUACAGUGGCUGCCCAGGACGCGCAGUUCAUUCUCUACAACUCGACCUCCUGUGCGUCCGGCUCGCACACCGAGUCUGUCUAUGUGGGCGACGCGUCCCCGUGCAGGCCGGCCGAUGACACCUACGUCUGGCAGACGUACGAGCGCGUCGGCGAGUUCCCGACCAACUUCUUCAAAGUGCAGUUCUACCCGGACGCCGACUGCAAGGAAAAGCCUAUGACCGAGAUCAGCAACGCCUGGUGGAAGGACUACUGCGGAUUGACCAUUAAGCCCAUCAAGGCCUGGAAGGUCACCAAGAACUAA